AUGAACUUUUGGUACCAGGAGAACCCGAACAAUGAUCCACAACCAUUUACACUACCAAAUGGAACAUGGUUAUUUCGAAUUUGGGGAGCCCAAGGAGGAUACGUUAAGAAUGAGGAAAGUGGGCUCGGCGCUUAUUCUGAAGGGAUAUUUAAAGCAGAAAAUGAUAUCACAUUGUUUUAUUUCGUUGGAAAACAAGGACAAUGUAGUACACAAAAUAUAAAAAAUACUAAGAAAUUUUCAGGAGGAAAUAACUUAAUAGGAAAUGAAAAAUGCCCUUCUUGCACUGGAGGUGAGGCUACAUUUAUUAGCAAAGACAAAGAUGCAAAGAAUAUCCUAUUAAUUGCGGGCGCCGGAGGAGGAUCUGGUUAUUGGAAAUUUGCUGGAUUAAACGUUGAUGAUGAAUUUUAUGGCGGUUAUGGCGGACCUUUUGCAGGUGAUAGCGACGGAAGUGCGUAUAGAAUAGAAGAAAAAGAAGCAACGAAAAUUAGAGGCAAAGGGGCCACAUAUUCACGACCUGGAGAAGGAGGCUAUUAUGCAGGACAUGACGAAUUCUCUGGCGUGUCAGGAGGAUUUGGAAAAUAUUUGAGAGGUGGAGAUGGAAAUACAACUGCAGGAGGCUCGCCUGGAGGUGGAGGAAGUGGAUAUUAUGGAGGGGGUGGAGGUGCAGACCUAUCAGGUGGUGGUGGGGGAAGUAGCUACGCUUCAUAUGAGAUGUAUAAUGUCAUUUUACUUGGUGGAAAUAAAUAUUUUCCGUCACCAAAUGAUGAUGUAAAGAAAGGAAAUAGAGGAAAUAGAGCCAUUAAAAUCGAGUUAUCCAAUCCAUACACUAUUGAUAGAACUGAAAAGGAUUGUAACAAAUCCGAAUCAUUAAAUACUUUAACCAGUCAAAAUUCUUUUUCUUUUUCCUUUUUCUUCGUGUUGAAUCAUUAA